AUGUAUAUUUUAAAUUCCUCCUUUUCGCGAAAAAGUGGGGAGCAUAAUCAUCAGUUGGAAGAAGCAUUAUUAAUUCGUCAAAAGAUUAGCAAUUCCCUGAAGAGACAAGCUGAAGAACUAUGCAGUGACAGACCAAUGAAGUUGAUACGAAGAGAACUGAAGGCCGAAAGUUUUUCAAUUGAUGUUAUUUCCAUGAAAGAUAUCCAAUAUAUCCGCAACAAUCUUUAUCGUGCUAGAUUGCAACAAAGGCAGAAAUUACUGAAGUCUCCAGAAGAACUACAAAGUGCUCUAGUACAAAUGGACAUAAAUACAAUUAACAAACGUAGAAGAAAGUACAUGGACGAGGAUGAUUCAACUAGUGAUUACCUUGAACUCAUAGAAAUGCCAAUAGAUGAUCGCCGAGCUUCUAGGCACCUUCAAUGCCAGUCAGACGAGAACAUGUCGGAUUCGGAUUCCGUAAUUGACAUCAUCAAACACGAAAUUGACAUCCCAGAAUAUGUUCCAGACAGCGGUUCCUUGCAAGAAGCCGAAACAAUAAUGAUUAAACACGAUGAUGAUGAUGAUGAUGAUAGUAGUCAGUCUACACAAAAUAUUGAAGAAAUAAAAAUUAAAGAAGAACCCAUCAGUGAGCAAAAUAAUUUUGACGAUCGGCAUCCUGUAGAUGUUUUUUGCAAAAGGGUGGCUUUAUCAUUGAAAAGUUUAAGAAUGGAUUUGUGCAACGAGGGUAAAAUUCGAAUUAUGCAAUUGAUCUCUGAGCUGGAGCAACGCAAUUCUUUGUCCAGUGAAGGCCCCAUAGUAUUUACCGCUGGAAGUUUGAACAAUCACGCUGAACCGAUUAGUACUGUAACAAAUUUAGUUCCGAAAAAAGAACUUCACUGAUAUAAAAUUCGUUUUUUUUUUUAAUAUUAAGUAAAGUUUCUUUUGUACGAAAUUGAUUGUUUAUUUUUAGUCUAGGAAAAUAGUCGAAAAAUACAUGUAUUGC